CAGCCCCGCCCCUUAGCGCUGAUUCCUUUUGUCCCGGAAGAGCAGGAGCUGGCAGCCCGGUAGUAGAAGGGCUAUGGCUCUAAGAGCAUGUGGCUUGAUAAUCUACAGGAGGCUACAGGCAGGAUCCCCUUCUAAAGUCGGUGACAACAUCGAGUACCUUCUCCUGCAGACAUCCUAUGGCACGCAUCACUGGACCCCGCCAAAAGGCCAUGUGGAUCCAGGUGAAGAUGACCUGCAGACAGCACUGCGGGAGACACAGGAAGAGGCUGGACUCAAUUCCAGUCAGUUCACCCUCAUUGAAGGGUUUAAGAAGGAACUGCAAUACACUGUCAGAAGCAAACCCAAAACUGUCAUCUACUGGCUGGCAGAAAUGAACGACUGUAACACGGAGAUCAAGCUCUCAGAUGAGCAUCAGGCUUUUCGUUGGCUGAAGCUGGAAGAGGCCUGCAAAUGCGCUGAGUAUAAGGAGAUGCAGGCAGCACUCAGAGCUGUGCAUCAGUUUCUCUGUUCCAAAGCAUAAAUACUUUCAUGGGGGAAAAUGGGGAUUUUUUAAAGAAACCUGGGCUGCUCUUAUAACAAGAAUAAAACGAGGGUUGUGCAGAAAUGUAACAUUUAUACCAACCUGCUGUAUGGGGUUAAGAUACUCUGAGCUUCUGUGGAGCUUUACAUUAUGCUUUUACUCUCCUAGGUUACCCUAGCUCACAUAAAGAAGCAUAGUCUGAUCUAAGCAUUAAUCAGAGAGCUCUGAGAUCAAAUCCCUGCACAGACUAUCCCUCCCCUUCUUGCUUUUAUCAGGUCACUUAUGCCCUGUAUGUCAGAAGUGUUGAGCAGCUGCAGGUCCUAUUGAAAAUCGAAUCCUUGACCUCUCCUGACACCAGAAGGACGGUAUGGAGAAAGGGAGCAUACAGAGAAUUUUAAUAAUAAAAUAUAAUUACAAAAAUUAGAUUCUGAGUUUUGAACAGAAGAGCAGUAGCCAGAACUGCUGGGCUCUAUUCCCAGCUUCACUGACUCCUUCUGGUAACUUGGGCAAGUUGUUUCAUCUUUGCCAACUGUAACAUGAGUUGUAUUUCCUUACCUUGUAUGUUUAAUGUUUGCAAAGUGCUUUGAGAGCCUGGAAUGGAAGUUGUUAGAGAUGAACAAAAUUUAACUGAUAAUUUCCAACCCCCUCUGCUAUUUUUGUUGUUUCUUAUUUUGGUCUUGUGUCUCACACGUUGAAGGUCAGCGGUAUAUUAGACACUCGGUCUUGGUGGUCUAAUGAGUUUAUGCCUACUUUUUGCUGAGGACCUUCUGCUCUAGAAAUCUAAGCUAAUGCUGAAUCUCCAGUAGCUGUAUUAAUAUUCCCUAUGGGUUGCAGUCCCUCGUGGGCAAUGCGGUCACUUGCCGUUGAGCGCGUCUGGCAUUCCAUGCAAUAGCUAGCAGUGCUACGUGCGCAGGAGCUAGAACGUUAGAGGUGAGAGCUAUAAUUAAUUCUUGUCUGUGGGCCUUAUCUCCCAAGGUGCUAAGCCACCGAACGCCUUUAGCUCCCACUAACAUCAGUAGGAACUGAGUGCUCUCAGCUCCUGGUAGGAUUGGGACCAUGUUAUCUCUACAGAAUGAUUUGCACAGAUGAAGCAGGGUAUUGUGCCUUAGCAAGAGAAAUGAUUUCAACUCUCCUGAUAUUUUUUUAAACUCAACUUUAUUAUGAACAACGUUUCAAACCAAAUGUCAGGGAGUAAUGAAUAGCAUGGGGGGGAGGGAGUUAUGUUAGUAACGGGCAGAACAAUAAAAGAGCAAAGUUGUUUUUGUAUUUUUUUAAGAAAAUCAGUAAAGCAAGAGAAAUGACUAAUAA